ACGUAACUAAAGACCUAACUUCAAAACCUCUUAUCGCUAACUUCGCACAAAACAGCCCAUAUCUUCGGUCUAACGCCACACACGACUCUUCUUCAAUUGGAAGAGAGCGAGAUUUCCGAGCAGGAUCCUUGAAAACUAAGAGCGUUCAACAUAAAUUGGCCGCGACCGCUUUCAAUUCUCGAACAAGACUCUGUAAAAAAACUUAUUCGACAUUUGUAAUCACUGCAUCUAAUUCUUCGAAAUAUUCUUCUGCCAAUUUUGCACAGAACAGCUUAAACCUUUUUCCUAACGUGACACUCGACUCUCCAUUUUAA